AUGGAUUCUGAGGACGAGUUCAAUAGCUCCCAGGUGAGCGAGGAUGAGUUUAUGAUGGACGCGGAUAGUGAUGCGGAAGACGAUUACGGCGUCGACCACGACGACGUGGGCUUUGAGUCCCAACACACCGACAUCAAGCCUGCCAAGCACGCCUACGAAGUCGACUUCAAAGUAUGCAGCCCCGAGGAUAUAGAGGCACAGCAGGCGAGACAGGUGGCGGAUACAUCGAGCCUCCUGGAGCAGCCGCCCGAGGCGACCGCCAUCCUCUUCCGGCACUUCCGCUGGAACAAGGAGCGUCUGAUUGACAAGUACAUGGAUAAUCGGGACGCAGUGUUGGAGGCGGCGGGGCUGAGCGAAGAGGCAGCGUCGAGCCCACCGCGGAUAGAGAAGGUGCCGGGGUUCGUGUGCGAUAUCUGCUGCGACGAGGAUCCCGAGGAGACGUUCGCUAUGAAGUGUGGGCAUAGGUUCUGCGUGGAUUGUUAUAAGCAGUAUUUGAGGACGAAGAUCAAGGAUGAGGGCGAGGCGGCGAGGAUACGGUGUCCCGGGGAUGGGUGCAACAAGAUUGUUGAUUCGAAGUCGCUGAAUCUGUUGAUAACGGGAGAUCUCAAAGAAAGGUAUGACGAGCUGCUGACCCGGACCUACGUCGACGAUAAAGAGAACCUCAAAUGGUGUCCCGCGCCCGAAUGCGUCUACGCAAUCGACUGCAAGGUUAGAGAUAAGGAGCUGAUGCGGGUCGUGCCCACCGUGCAUUGCGACUGCGGCCACGACUUCUGCUUCGGCUGCACACUAGACGAUCACCAACCCGCGCCCUGCGCCCUCGUUAAGAAGUGGCUCAAGAAAUGCGCCGACGACUCCGAGACCGCCAACUGGAUAUCCGCACACACAAAGGAGUGCCCCAAGUGCCACUCCACCAUCGAGAAGAACGGGGGCUGCAACCACAUGACGUGUAGGAAGUGUCGGCACGAAUUCUGCUGGAUGUGCAUGGGCAUCUGGUCCGAGCACGGCACGAGCUGGUACAACUGCAACCGGUACGAGGAGAAGAGCGGGCAUGAGGCGCGGGAUGCCCAAGCGAAGAGUCGCCAGGCCCUCGAACGCUAUCUACACUACUACCAGCGCUACGCCAACCACGAACAAUCCGCUAAACUAGACAAGGACAUCUACCUCAAGACGGAGAAGAAGAUGCAGCAGCUGCAAAACACGACGGGCAUGUCGUGGAUCGAGGUGCAGUUCCUGGACAGCGCGUCGCAAGCGCUGCAGCAGUGCCGGCGCACGCUCAAGUGGACGUACGCCUUUGCGUACUAUCUCGCGCGAAACAACCUCACGCAGAUCUUUGAGGACAAUCAAAAGGAUCUGGAGAUGGCGGUGGAGAAUCUGAGCGAGAUGUUUGAGAAGCCUGUGGAUCAGUUGCAGGGGUUGAAGGUGGAGAUGAUGGACAAGACGGCGUAUUGUACAAAGAGGAGGAUCAUCUUGUUGGAUGAUACGGCGGUGAAUUUGAGAGAGGGUAUGUUGGAUCUCGAUGUCAUUCACGAGAGGGAGUGCUAA